AUGAAUGUGUCCGGAGUCAACACAGUGACUGAGUUCAUCCUCCUGAGUUUCGCCUGUUCCAGACAAGUGGAAGUCCUCCUUUUUGUUCUGUUCUUUGUGUCCUACAUCCUAACACUGAUGGGAAAUGGGGCCAUUGUCUGUGCAGUGGUGCUGGACAACAGGCUUCACACUCCCAUGUACAUCCUGCUGGCCAACUUCUCCUUCCUGGAGAUCUGCUACAUCAACACCACUGUUCCCAAUAUGUUAAGGAAUUUCCUUUCAGAGACCAAAAUCAUCUCUUUCACAGGUUGUUUCCUCCAGUUCUAUUUCUUCUUCUCAUUCGGUAUCAACGAGACCUUCCUACUGCCUCUUAUGGCUUUUGACAGGUACCUGGCCAUCUGCUGGCCUCUCCAUUACCCAACCAUUAUGAGUCUCCAUCUCUGUGUGAACUUAGUGAUCCUCUGCUGGGUAACAGCCUUCCUCUGCUAUCCAAUCCCUAUCUAUUAUAUCACACAACUCCCCUUUUGUGGCCCCAAUACUAUUGACCACUUUGUUUGUGACCCUGGUCCUCUGCUGGCCUUGUCCUGCAUCCCUGCCCCUGGCAUUGAGCUUUCCUGCUCUAUUUUAAGCUCAACUAUUAUCUUCAUCACAUUCCUCUUCAUCCUUGCAUCCUAUACCCUGGUUCUCAGGGCAGUGUUACGUGUCCCUUCAGCAGCUGGCAGACGUAAGGCCUUCUCCACCUGUGGUUCUCAUCUAGUUGUGGUGUCCCUAUUCUAUGGAACUAUCAUGGUAAUGUACAUCAGCCCAACCUUGGGGAACCAGGCCGGGAUACAGAAGAUCGUGACUUUGUUCUAUUCCUCAGUCACUCCUCUUGUAAACCCACUCAUCUACAGUCUCCGGAACAAGGACAUGAAGGCUGCUUUGAGAAAAAUUCGAAUGUGCACAAAGAGUGACCAGAAAUAA